UUCGAUUGUUGAGGUAUUUAAAGAUAUUAACUUGCGUAUCAAAAUUCAAUCUCAUGAAUUGUGUUGGAAGUGUUUAUGAAUGUUUUUAUUGCCCCUAAACAGCCUGCCGUGGGGAGUGCUAUCGCUAAGAGUGCCGAAGUUGGUGGGCGAGCGAAUUUGGAGGUUGGGUGCGAAGCAGAUGUGGUUCUAGGAGACGCAAUGCAGACCGGUCGUUUAGCGAUGACAAAUAUAGCAAAGCGUGGGAAAGAAAAUUUUGUUUUUGAAAAUCCCAAGAAUGUGGAUUUGCGUGUGUGCGUUGGGGCAAAAACACAGCAGCGUACCGUUUUGCGUCCUCUCGUACCUAAUGUGGUUCCAAUGCAACCUUCUCCAUUGACAAAUAGAUGCAGGGGAAAAGAUGCACUUAAGAAAUCUAGUUUCAACUUAUCUCCCUACAUUGAAAGGAGUAUCAAUGCAAGCAAGAGGCUGAAUAAAAAGGAGAAAUUAUUGGGGAUGUUUGCCAUAUACAAUGCGGCCGAGGAAGAUGACGAGGUACUGUUCGCCUGCGGAGAUACUAUCCUGCGAAGGAUGAAUUUUCGUACUCUACACAUGGGAAACAUUGUGGAUAUUGAUGUGAUAAACGCGUGGUGUUUGCUAUUGAAUUAUAAUGAGCUCUUGCGGUCUACCAAUUCUGUAACACCCCAAUUUUUAUAA